AGAUCUUGGAAGGGAAAUUGUUCGGCAAGAGAGCAUAAAAGAUCCAGGGAAGCGUACUCGAAUAUGGUCUCAAGAGGAAGUCUUGGAUGUACUUGAUACACAAACGGGAACAACUUUAUGUUGAAGGACUUAGUCUUUACUUCAGCAGCAUAUAAUGGAGUAAAUUUUUGAUAAGUGGUAAAGGAUUUGCCGCAAUGACAAAACUGAGGUUUCUCCAAGUUGACUAUGCAAAUUUUUCUGGGAACUUCAUGCACACUUUUUCAGAAUUGAGAUGGCUUAGUUGGAAAGGCUUCUAUGACCAAUAUGUACAAACCAAUUUUCAUCCACGGAAACUGGUUGUUCUCGAUCUGUCACAUAGUGAGAUCACAAAAGAAUGGAUGGGUUGGAACUGCAUGAAGAUGGCACUACAUCUCAAAGUUCUUACUCUCAAGUCUUAUCAUAGGCUAACUAGAACUCCUAAUCUUUCAGCAAAUCAACAGUUGGAACUAUUGAUUCUCAAAGACUCUGAAAAUUUGGUUGAGAUCGACACAUCCAUUGGUUAUCUGGAGAAGUUGGUCAAAUUAGAUGAGUGGCUGUGAGUCUUGUGGAUCUACCAACUGACAUUCUUCAGUUGACUUCUCUUGAAAGACUUGAUUUAAGGGGUAGCAAAAGUCUAAUGAAACUCCCAGAGAAAUUGGACCACAUGAUUUCCUUGACAGUACUUGAUUUAAGUAGAUGCUCUAGACUUAAAUCCCUUCCAAAUCUUCCUCCUAGUUUAAAAUCUCUUGAUGUUUCUAAUUGCAGGUCAAUAAGGUCACUCCCAAUGCUUUCAUCCCUGAAAAAUCUAGAGGUAUUGCGCUUUCAAGGAUGGAGUCAGCUUCGAUACAUACCAAAUCUUCCCUUGAGUUUGACCAGCCUUUAUUUGUAUGACUGUUCCUCAAUUCAAAACAUCUCAGGUCUUCCCUCUACUUUGGUCCACCUUGAUAUUAGUAGCUGUUCUUCGAUUCGACACAUCUCAGAUCUUCCCUCUAGUUUGACCCUCCUUGACAAUACUGGAUGUUCUUCAAUUCAAUACAUCUCAAAUCUUCCCUCUAGUUUGACCCACCUUGAUAUUACUAGAUGUUCUUCAAUUCAAUACAUCUCAAUCUUAGGUCUUCGUUCAGGUUUGAUCGACCUUAAUGUUCAUGGUUGCUCUUCUAUUCGAUACAUCUCAGGUCUUCCCUCAAGUUUGACCAAACUUAGUGUUAGUGAUUGCUUUUCCCUUCAAUACAUCUCAAAUCUUCCCUCAAGUUUGACGAACCUUAGAGUUAGUGAUUGCUCUUCGAUUCAAUACAUCUCAGAUCUUCCCUCAAGUUUGAUCCACCCAGAAGGUUUUUCAUGUGGGACAAUUGAAAAAAUAUCAUCUACAUCAGGCUUGAGCAAAUUAGAGACAUUAUAUGUAGUGAAAAUUGAAGAUGAUAGUAAGGGAUUAAAUUCCGUGGAAUUCUUCAGCUCAUUAAAAAAUUUUCAAAAACUGAGGAAAGUAAGACUUAUUAACUGUCUCAUAUCCGAUAUUGAAGGCAAGGGGAUGGACUCUCUGGAGGAGUUGGAGAUAGAGGCUUGCCUACCAUUAAGAAAAAUAUCAAAUCUGUCGGAUUCUAGACAGCUGAGGAAAUUACACAUCGCUUUUUGUCCAGAUUUAUGCAAGAUUGAGGGACUUGAGGAUUGUGAAUCCUUAGAAUUGUUAACAGUUUGUGUGGUCACAUCAUUAGAAACUUUGCCUGAUCUUUCAAACUUGAUCAAGUUGCAGGCAUUAACAAUUUAUUAUUGUGAGAAGUUCACCGAAAUUCCAGGUAUUGACAAAUUGGUGUCCUUGCAAGAAUUGAAAAUAAUAGAAUGCAAAGCCAUUCAAAGAUUACCGGAUCUUUCAAACUUGAUCAAGUUGGAGGCAUUAGAGAUUUCUUAUUGUGAGUUCACCGAAAUUCCAGGUCUUGACAAAUUGGUGUCCUUGCGAGAAUUGAAAAUAAUAAAAUGCAAAGCCAUUCAAAGAUUACCAGAUCUAUCAAAGUUAAAAAACUUACAUCGUCUAGUGAUUAAACAGUGUCAGAACCUCACUGAGAUCCAUGGUGUGGACAGAUUGGAUUUUUUAGAGAGUUUGGAUAUUAGUGGGUGCGAGUCUUUGGAAAGAUCACCAGAUCUGUCAAACCCAAAAAUAAAAGAACUGAUGCUAAGAGCCAAAUCCUGCUCGUGGACGGAUAUGCUGUGAUUUUCCAACCCCAAUCAUGAUUCAUGACUGAAGAAGACAUCCACUCAAACCUGACAGAUGCAUUAUCACAACGUCGUAUUUCUUCAAGGUUCCUUAUCCAUGUUGCAGCUGUCUUUGCUUUCAAUUCCGACUUAUUGGUGCAUAUGGAAAAUCUACAACAUAAUUAGAGAAUCACCACCGCAUAAAUGAAGGAGAUUGUACAAUGAAGCUGGGCAGGCCACUCAAAAGAGUUAUUUCCCAAUUUAAUUUAUGGAGAAAAGAACGCUAUCCUUUUGUGCACUCUUGCAUCCAAACACGGGUGGCGAAAUGACCAUUCUGCCCACCUAUUAGAUACUUAAUAUACUUACCCGUUUGCUAAGGCUCCAUUAACUCGGUAAAAUUUUGGGUUUUUUUGCCCUUUCCUCUUCAGUCCCCUCCCCAUUAGUAACUUCUUCUUCCCCAAUAAAAGAAAUGAUGUCAAGGAGUGUUAUGUGCUCUGUGAUUAUUGCUUUAGGAUGCUAGAUCCUUGCAAGAUUUUGGACCUAGAGUUCUUCACUUAAGCCAAUAUAUGUGGUAGACCCAAAAUCACCCCCUAAAUCUCCCAUUUACAUCAACCUUUCAGAUAUUGAUGAUGAAGAAGUGGAUGGUGCACUUAUAUUCCAUCCUAUUUUGUACAAUGAUGGUUGUGGUGGAAGUGGAGGAGGUGAAGUGAGUGGUGAUGAACAUGAGGAGUGAGCAUGUCACAACAAUCCUCUCUU